AUGUGGCCAGAUCUUAUUCAGAAGGCCAAACAUGGUGGUUUGAAUGUGAUUCAGACUUACGUUUUCUGGAACAUUCAUGAGCCUGUUAAAGGCGAGUUUAACUUUGAAGGAAACUAUGAUUUGGUGAAGUUCAUUAAAUUGAUUGGUGAACAUGGAAUGUAUGUAACACUCAGGGUUGGACCUUUCAUUCAAGCCGAAUGGAAUCAUGGAGGCCUUCCAUAUUGGUUGAGAGAAGUCCCAGACAUCAUUUUCCGUUCUGAUAACGCACCCUUCAAGUACCACAUGAAAAAAUAUGUGAAGAUGAUUAUAAACAAGAUGAAAGAAGAGAAGCUUUUUGCUCCACAAGGUGGUCCAAUUAUUUUGGCACAGAUUGAAAAUGAGUACAACCAUGUCCAACUUGCAUAUAGAGAACUGGGAACUAGAUAUGUUCAGUGGGCUGCAAACAUGGCUGUGGGGAUGAAAGUUGGAGUUCCAUGGGUCAUGUGCAAGCAGAAGGAUGCUCCUGAUCCAGUAAUUAACACAUGCAAUGGAAGGCACUGUGGAGAUACUUUCACUGGUCCUAAUAAGCCCAACAAGCCUUCUAUUUGGACUGAGAAUUGGACUGCUCAAUACAGAGUUUUCGGAGACCCUCCCUCUCAAAGAGCAGCAGAAGACAUUGCAUACUCGGUUGCCCGGUUUUUCUCCAAGAAUGGAACUCUGAACAACUACUAUAUGUACCAUGGUGGGACUAAUUUUGGUAGAACAAGUGCUGUUUUCACCACAACUAGAUACUAUGAUGAAGCUCCUCUUGAUGAAUAUGGUUUACAAAGGGAGCCUAAGUGGAGUCACCUAAGAGACUUACACAAGGCUUUGAAUCUAUGCAAGAAGGCUUUACUUUGGGGAACUCCUGGAGUCCAAAGGUUGGGCAAGCACACUGAGGUUCGGCUUUAUGAGAAGCAAGGAACAUCCAUCUGUGCUGCUUUUUUAACCAACAACAGCACCAAAGGGGCACACACUGUGAAAUUUAGGGGUGAUAUCUUUUACCUGCCACCAAGGUCCAUAAGCAUUCUUCCUGAUUGCAAGAAUGUGGUCUACAACACUCAAAUUAUUGUAUCACAACAUAAUGCAAGGAACUAUGUCAGAGUGAAAGAAACCAAAAAUCUUAAAUGGAAGAUGUCUCCAGAGCCCAUUCCAAAUGUCCAUCAAAUGAAUAUCAGUAACAAAAUACCAAAUGAGCUCUAUGGCAUGCUUAAAGAUACCACAGACUAUGGAUGGUACACCACCAGCAUUGAACUAAGUCGGCAUGACUUGCCAAUGAGGCCUGAUAUUCUACCUGUUAUAAGAGUUGCAAGUCUUGGCCAUGCACUGCAUUCAUUUGUUAAUGGUGAAUAUAUUGGAUCUGCACAUGGGAGUCAUGAAGAGAAGGGAUUUGUUUUCCAAAAAGCCAUAACCUUAAAGCCCGGGACUAACCAUAUAGCAUUGUUGGGCAUGACAGUUGGACUCCCUGAUAGUGGAGCCUACAUGGAGCACAGAUAUGCAGGGCCCCGAGCUGUCACAAUCCUUGGUUUGAACACUGGAACAAUCGAUCUGACACAAAAUGGUUGGAGGCAUCAGGUUGGUCUGACUGGAGAAAUGAAUCAUGUGUUUGCUGACAAAGGAACAAAGAAGGUUGAGUGGACUCAAGUCAAAGAAGAAGGACCAGCUCUCACUUGGUACAAGACACGUUUUAAUAGCCCUGAAGGUAAAGACCCGGUUGCUAUCCGAAUGAAAGGAAUGGGCAAAGGAAUGAUCUGGGUUAAUGGCCAAAGCAUCGGGCGGUACUGGAUGUCUUACCUCUCUCCUCUUGGAAAGCCUUCUCAAGAAGAAUACCACAUCCCAAGAUCAUACCUCAAGCCAAAGAAAAACCUUCUUGUGGUUUUGGAGGAGGAGCAAGCAAAGCCAGACGACAUCGAGAUCUUAACAGUGAACAGAGACACCAUCUGUAGUUUCAUAACUGAGACAGCUCCACCCCACGUCAAAUCAUGGGCAAGGGAAGAAAACGACAUCAGACCCAUCGUUGAUAAUUUACAUCCAGCGGCUCACCUCAAGUGUCCCAACCAUAAGAAAAUCGUGGCCGUUGAGUUUGCAAGCUUUGGCGACCCGGUAGGCGCCUGUGGAAGCUACUUUGUGGGAAAAUGCGACUCUGCUUCGACCAAGGAAAUUGUUGAACGGGAAUGCUUGGGAAAAUCAAGCUGUGCAGUGCCAGCCAAGAGAAAGGUUUUCGACAAGAAUGGUAAACAUUGCCCAGAUAUAAUGAAAACGCUUGCGAUCCAAGUAAAGUGUGCUGCUAAGGAUUGA